UGUGGUCGUUGUUGCUGCUGGUUGAACACAGGCCAGCCAAGAUGGCAGAGUACCUGGCGUCCAUUUUUGGGACAGAGAAAGAUAAAGUCAACUGCUCUUUUUAUUUUAAAAUUGGUGCCUGUCGACAUGGAGACCGCUGCUCCAGAUUACACAACAAGCCAACAUUCAGCCAGACAAUUGCCCUCCUGAACAUUUACCGGAACCCUCAAAACAGUGCCCAGUCUGCUGAUGGCCUCACCUGUGCCAUCAGCGACAUGGAGAUGCAGGAGCACUAUGACGAGUUUUUUGAGGAGGUCUUCACAGAGAUGGAAGAAAAAUAUGGAGAAGUGGAGGAAAUGAACGUAUGUGACAACCUCGGGGACCACCUAGUAGGAAAUGUGUACGUGAAGUUCCGUUAUGAAGAGGAUGCUGAGAAGGCCGUGAUAGACCUAAAUAACCGGUGGUUUAAUGGACAGCCCAUCCAUGCUGAGCUCUCUCCUGUCACGGACUUCAGAGAAGCCUGCUGUCGCCAGUAUGAAAUGGGGGAAUGCACUCGUGGUGGAUUCUGUAACUUCAUGCACCUGAAGCCCAUCUCACGUGAACUGAGGAGAGAGCUCUAUGGGCGCCGGAGGAAGAGCCGUCAUAGGUCUCGUUCUCGAUCAAGAGAGAGAAGGUCUCGCUCGAGAGACAGAGGUCGAGGUGGUGGCCGUGACCACGAGAGACGCCGCUCCAGAGACAGAGAGCGUUCAGGACGAUUCUGAACCACAAGCCAUGACUACUUGUCCCCGUAUCCAUCCCCAGUCUUUUUUUUUAAGUUUGUACCCUACCAUAUCUAUUCUAGGACUAACUGAAAGGUACCCGCUUUUGAAGCUGUGACAGCAUUGAUGAACUUUUUUUUCUUGAUUUCUGAAAAUGACUUUCACCUCAUUAAAUUGAAAAUUUUUACUUAA